ACGGUGACAUCAUCGCAGGUCCUGUAAGCACACGGCUCCUGUACAGUCUGCAGGUGGAGGUUUCUCCAAUCCAGGAUCCUCUGCUGAUAUCUUCUAUAUAAGAGAAUUCUCCUGGAUGACCCAUCAACCAUGGAGAGAGACAGGAACAAGAUGGCCGACAGGAUCAUAAACCUCACCCUACAGAUACUCUUCCGGCUUACUGGAGAGGAUUACACAGUAGUGAAGAAGUCCUCUAGUGGGCGCUGUCGAACCCCUGUGUGUGAAGGAUGGGGAAGAACCCUGAGCCCAAUCCCGGAGCCCCCACCUCACUCCCUGAUACAUGAGGAAAUGGAUGAACAGAAGAUCCUAGAACUGAUCAACAAGAUGAUGGAGCUGCUGACUGGAGAGGGUGAAGAUCCGAACAAUAUUAAUGCUCCAAACAUAAAUAAAGAAGAAGAGACAGAUGUGAGCGGUAAUGAGCAGUAUAAGGAGAACAUUCCUACAGGCAAAAAUCUGAUCUAUAUUAAUUCUACAGACAUAAAGGAAGAAGAAGAGACAGAUGUGAGUGGUGAUGAGCAGUAUAAGGAGGACAUUCCUACAGAGAAAGAUCUGAUCUAUAUUAAUACUACAGACAUAAAGGAAGAAGAAGAAGAGACAGAUGUGAGUGGUGAUGAGCAGUAUAAGGAGGACAUUCCUACAGGUAACUGCCCAGAUUCUUGUACCUGGAGAUCAGAGGAGAAUCUUAAAUCUUCAGAUUAUAAAGCAGAUGAUGAUAUCACACAAGAUACAUAUGAAGAACAUUCCAUUAUCCCAGAUACACCCUCAGCCCUUCACAGCCAAGAUCUCUCAUCUCAUUCUGUUAUACAGAUCCUGUUUUCUCAUUUAUCACAGGAUGUUAAGAAAAAUAAGGAGAAGCCAUUUUCAUGUUCAGAAUGUAGGAAAUGUUUUACUCACAAAUCAGAUCUUGUCAAACAUCUAAGAACUCACACAGGAGAGAAGCCAUUUUCAUGUACAGAAUGUGAAAAAUGUUUUGCUCAGAAAUCAAAUCUUGUUCUCCAUCAAAGAACUCACACAGGGGAGAAGCCAUUUUCAUGUUCAGAAUGUGGGAAAUGUUUUAGUAAGCAAUCGAAUCUUGUUGAACAUAAAAAAACUCACACACACACAAGAGAGAAGCCAUUUUCUUGUUUACUAUGUGGGAAAUGUUUUAUUAAAAAAUCAAGCCUUGUUCGUCAUCAAAAAACCCACACAGGGGAGAAGCCAUUUUCAUGCACAGAAUGUAAGAAAUGUUUUACUAAAAAAUCAAGCCUUGUUCGUCAUCAAAAAACUCACACAGGUGAGAAGCAUUUUUUAUGCACAGAAUGUGGGAAAUGUUUUACUCGGAAAUCAAAUCUUGUUCUCCAUCAAAGAACUCACAAAGGGGAGAAGCCAUUUUCAUGUUCAGAAUGUGGGAAAUGUUUUAAUGAUAAAUCCUAUGUUGUUGUACAUCAGAGAACUCACACAGGAGAGAUGCCAUUUUCAUGUUCAGAAUGUGGGAAAUGUUUUUAUGUGAAACGACAUCUUACCAGACAUCUAAGAAUUCACACUGAAGAGAAGCCAAUUGAGAGCAAUAAAUGAUGCAGAUAACACAUCUAUAUAUUAACCAUGUACAUAGGAUAUCUGACAUUUAUACAUAUAUCAUAUACUGCAUCUCCAAACUUGUUCCCAAUUGUUAAUAAAAGUUUUCUUUUAGAACGUAGUCACCGAUCCAGCGAUGUCAUCACUAUAGUUUACAUGGUAGGAGAAGAGUGUGAUAUAUGGUUGUGAUAU